GUGAGCGGAGCGGCGGUGGUUGUGUGAGCGGAAACGAUGGUGUUUGGUUUGACAUUGAAGCGUUUUGUGCUUCAGCAGAGAAACUUCCGUCACUACAGCACUAGUGUGUGUCAGGACGGCGUUCUCUCUGCGUUCAGAUCGAUCUGUGGUGAUGACGGUGUGUUGUUGUGUGACGCGGUCAGAGAACAACAUGGCAGAGACGAGUCUGUUCAUAGAUGUUUUCCUCCAGAUGUGGUUCUGUUUCCUCGUUGUGUGGAGGAAGUCAGUGCUCUUGCCAAACUCUGCCACCGCCACAGAUUUCCCAUCAUCCCCUUUGGCACUGGGACGGGCCUGGAGGGCGGAGUCAGUGCUGUGAAGGGGGGUGCGUGUCUCAGUCUGAGGAACAUGGACCAGGUCCUGGAUUUGCACCAGGAGGACUUUGAUGUGACUGUAGAACCUGGUGUGACUCGAAAGACUCUGAACGUCUUCCUGAGAGAAACUGGUCUGUGGUUUCCUGUGGACCCUGGAGCAGACGCGUCUCUGUGUGGAAUGGCUGCCACGAGUGCGUCCGGCACUAACGCGGUGCGUUAUGGAACCAUGAGGGAGAACGUUCUGAACUUGGAGGUGGUUCUGUCUGACGGCACCGUCGUCCACACAGCAGGAAGAGGUCGCCGAGCCAGGAAAACUGCGGCUGGCUACAACCUGACCAACCUGUUUGUGGGGUCAGAGGGCACACUGGGGGUCAUCACCAAGACUACAUUACGCCUGUACGGCAUCCCAGAGGCCGUGGUGUCGGCCGUCUGCUCCUUUCCCUCAGUCCAGGACGCCGUGGACAGCACGGUGCAGAUCCUGCAGGCCGGAGUUCCCAUCGCUCGCAUUGAGUUCCUGGAUGACGUCAUGAUAGAUGCAUGUAACCGCUUCAGUCGUCUGUCGUAUCCUGUGACACCGACUCUGUUCCUGGAGUUUCACGGCUCACAGCACAGCCUAGAGGAGCAGGUCAACACAACAGAGGAAAUUGCUCAGAGUAACCACGGCUCAGAUUUUCUUUGGGCUCAGGACACAGAAUCACGGGAGCGUCUGUGGAAAGCUCGUCAUGACGCGUGGUACGCAGCACUGUCGCUAAGACCAGGCUGUAAGGCCUACGCCACAGAUGUGUGUGUCCCUCUGUCUCGACUGCCUCAAAUCAUUAAGGAGACCAAAGAGGACCUGAUUGAAAGCAGGCUGACAGGUCCGAUCGCAGGUCACGUAGGUGACGGGAACUUUCACUGCCUGUUGGUGGUCGAUCCCGACGACCCAGAGGAGCUGCACAGACUCCACCUGUUCACCGACAGACUCGCCAGACGAGCUCUGGCCAUGGACGGCACCUGCACCGGGGAACAUGGCGUGGGUUUAGGGAAGAGGGCGCUGUUGUGCGAGGAGGUGGGGCCUGCAGCCGUGCAGCUGAUGCAGAGGGUGAAGGACAUGCUGGACCCUCUUCACCUGAUGAAUCCUGGGAAAAUUCUCCAGCCAAGACAAACCGAUGAUGUCACAGUGAUGAUGUCAUAGAUGUCCACAGAAAAGACAACAAGAAG